AAAAUAUGAACACUUAACUUCACUCGGCGACAUUAUUUACGAAACCACAGUAAGGAAAAUAACCCGUACCAAAUCUCCCCCUUCCGAUGACUGCAUAGGCCCUGGCAGGGGAAUGAGAAGGCACCAAGAUGGUGCGUAUCGCGAACGCCCUGGGUCUGGUCAUCCUCAGCGUCGCUCUGCUCAUCCUCUCCCUCAUCAGUUAUGUGUCGCUGCGCAAAGACAGCUUCCUCAGCUCCUCCAAGUACGACAUGGGGGGUCCGAGGAUCAUGUUCCACGCGGGGUUCAGGUCUCAGUUUGCCAUGAAUUUCCUGGACCCAUCCUUCAUCCCCUUGACGAACGCACUUAACGAAGAGCUGCAAGGAAAACCCUCUAAGUGGAAAUUCAACAGGACUGCUUUUUAUCUACAAAGGAAAGAGAUCUUCCACUUCAUCGACAUCGCAAACAACUUUUCCCUCACCAAGAAUGGCGUCCGCGUGGGUCAGUUGAUGCACUUCGACUACUCCAGCAACAAGUAUGUGUUCUCCAUCAGCAACAACUUCAAGUCCCUGCUGCCCGACAUGUCUCCCAUCUACAACAAGCACUACAACGUGUGCGCCGUGGUUGGCAACAGCGGGAUUCUCACUGGCAGCCGCUGCGGCAAUGAGAUCGAUCAGGCCGACUUUGUGUUCCGCUGUAACUUUGCGCCCACAGAGGUGUAUUACAAGGACGUAGGCAGGAAGACCAACAUGACCACUUUCAACCCCAGCAUCCUGGAGCGCUACUACAACAACCUGCUCACCAUCCAGGACAGGAACAACUUCUUCCUCAACGUCAAGAAGCUGGAGGGGGCCAUCCUGUGGAUCCCGGCCUUCUUCCUCCACACCUCGGCCACGGUGACCCGCACCCUGGUGGACUUCUUUGUGGAGCACAAGGGCCAACUGAAGAUAGAGCUGGCCUGGCCCGGCAACAUCAUGCAGGACGUCAACAAAUACUGGAAGACCAAGAACCUGUCCCCGAAGCGUCUUAGCACUGGUAUCCUCAUGUACACGCUGGCCUCUGCCAUGUGCGAGGAGAUCCACCUCUACGGCUUCUGGCCUUUCGGCUGGGACCCCAACACGGGCAAGGACCUCCCCUACCACUACUAUGACAAGAAGGGCACAAAGUUCACCACCAAGUGGCAGGAGACCCACCAGCUGCCCAGCGAGUUCAGACUGCUGUACAAGAUGCAUGGGGAGGGUGUGACCAAGCUCAGCCUCUCGCACUGUGCCUAAACUUCAGAGUCUCCUACCUUCCCCUCCCACCCCACACCUCCACACCUCUCCAACCCGAGCGGAGGGCGAAAAGGCUGUGACCCAGAUACAUCUCCUCCCCACCCCACAUUUGCUAUGGCGCAUAUAUCAAACAUUGCAUGAUGGGCACUGAGACAUUUCAACUGAGACAGUCCUCUCCUAUCCUCCUCCACGACAACACAUGUAUGUCGCCCCUAGCGGCACGUGACGGUAUCGACACUUCUCAAACAAAGAUGUCAAGGUUACUCGGGGGCUUGUUUUUAGACCACACAGGUUAGCCACAUGCAGCUCAGUCCGUCACUCCUCUGGCGUAUAGCGGCGUAGCCGGAGCUAAAACUGUUCCAACAAUCACAGGCCAGCUCCAAUUAAUUCCACAUGCUAUUUAAUUAUAGAGCAUCUGACCUCUGCUUUGAAACAAAGGACGGGCUAUUGAUUUUGGAACGUGCUUUAAACUUUAUAGAAGGCCUUUAACAGAGGAAUACGCCGACUCUGCCCUCUAAGCACUGCCUAAUCUCAGGGAUGGAGUUAGAUCAGUGAUCCUUUCCUUUUCUUUCUUCCGUUCUAUUCUACUAUUCUAUGUCUUCACAGUGGGAAAUAAUGUUUUUAUUAACUUAGGCCCACUGGAAAAGACAAAAAUUCAAGAAAUGUAGGGGGUCACAGAUAUGGAGUAUGGUGUUUGUUUACAGUGCUGUGCUCCUGCAACAAAUCAGACCGCUGUCUCCAGCUGAUUUUACGUCCUGCUACCGUUUGUUUUCCUCUACAGAAUCGAUAAAGUUUCAGAGUAAGAACCAACAUUCCAUAGAAUAAGCCAUAGGCUAACCUUGUGACGACACAGAAGAACAACAAGAGAUUAUUAUAGAGAAUUUAAGCAACAGCUGACGAUUAAGAAGCCUUGUAACACACAAUCAGGAAGUCUUUACAAUGUUUUAGGAAAAUAUUUAUAAAUUAUGACACAUACAUCAAACCUUGUCAAUCCCUUUUAUUACUUAAAUUGAAACUAUAUAUGUUGAAACAAAAUCAUAGUUAUGUAGAUUAUGUUAACAAAAGCAAAAGCUAUUAUUUUACUAUCUAUAAAUAAUAUACUUAUAUAUCAUUCGACUUGCGAUAUUUGAACAGAGAAACCCACUGUUUUUUAUAACCCACUUGUGAAAGAGCAUGAUUCAUUUGAAUGACAUUGCAUGUGAGUGGCACUAACAUAUGUUAAAGGCUGUUUCUUUAUUCCCAUUACAACUUCUUUGUAACGUUUAUAUUCGCAUAUUGCUAAAGUCACUAAUGUUAUCAGUGUCUUUAUAUCAAGGAUGUUUCAAAGACAUCUCUUCCUAUAUUUCACAGUUACCAGACCAGUAGUCUUGUUGGAGAGCGGCCCUCCCUCUGUUUUCCCAAUCACACCCAUAGUAAUAGCUGGCCACAUGAUCGACUCAUGAAUUGUGCUCUUGUGUUGAAACACAUGCUUGGGGGCGAAGUUGUGUGGUGAAGUCAUUCCUGGAGUUUUCGCCAAGUGAGCCACACGUGAUAUAGCAAUUAGCGUAUGGAAAGGACUGAAAUUAUUGUGACCAUGCAGUGUUGUUGUAACUAUACAUACGCUUAGGCUGGCUUGUUAUUUUGUCUCAGUCAGAACAGAUGGUUGAAAUGAUGGCAGAUGUAAAAGUUAUUUAACAGAGGAAAACCCUCUUGACGCAGAUCUGAUGCCAAAACUUUAAGGAUUCAAUCCUAAUUGAACUACCCUAGUUGUGUGAAUUAGAGACCCUGAAUGUUCGGUCAGUACACCAAAGAGCACUUUUCUGUUCGAGCGUACAUUGGCGGUGACUUAAGAUGGUGGAGUGUUGUAGAGCAUUUGGAUUGAUUCUUUUUUUUAUCACUUAAAUUAAUAUCAGUUUUAUUUUGUUUCCCAAUUUUGGUUUUGGGAAGUACACAAUGGCAGAUGAAUGUUGGGAAAGAUUUGUGUGUGUUUGUAUCUAUCUUGGCUCUGCAUUAUAUAUAUAUAUAUAUAUAUAUAUAUAUAUAUAUAUAUAUAUAUAUAAUGAAACAAAACAUGUAUAAUCUGUGUUCAUUUUUGAGUUAUAAAUCAAAGGUAUAGGUUUAUGUGUACUCAUUCAGAAAACAGAUCAUCUUUCUUUUUUCAUUACAAACAGGUUUCAUUCCGAUUACCCUUUAAAAUCUACGCAUGAACAAUUGUAUUCCAUAACCCCCCCAAAAAAGUAGCCAAUGUACACGUCAUAUAAAAGUCAAGAUUUAUGUAAAGGACUAAACAUCUUGUUCAUGGCAACUAACAUAAUGGUCGUUCACCUAUAAAAUACAACCAAGACUGAAGUGUUUAUUUUUGUCACUUUGAGAAUAUACUCCCUGAUAACACAUCUACAUGAGCCUGCAUAUCCCUGCCAGUCAUGCUACAAUGUGUCAAAUAAAAAUAGUAUUUUUCUCUAUGGUGA